UAUUAAUAUUAUAAGGCCCACGUCACAGUUCACUGCUGGAUCUGACUGCCAAACUCUAAAUUUUCUGUAGCAAAAACAGCAAUCUAAUGGCGGAGGCCAAGCUUUUUGAACUUAACAAUGGCACUAUGCGUGUAAUCGUCUCCAAUUAUGGUUGCACCAUCACCUCAGUCUUUGUACCAGACAAACAUGGUAAAUUGGCUGAUGUCGUUCUUGGAUUUGACACAAUUGAGCCAUAUCAGAAAGGUGCUGCUCCAUACUUUGGGUGCAUUGUGGGUCGGGUGGCGAAUAGGAUCAGAGAUGGGAAGUUUACACUGAAUGGAGUUGAGCACUCAUUGCCUAUUAACAAGCCACCCAACAGUCUCCAUGGUGGGAACAAGGGAUAUGACAAGGUCAUCUGGGAAGUUGCUGAGUAUAAGCAGGGUGAUACUCCAUCAAUCACCUUUAAGUAUCGCAGCCACGAUAAGGAAGAAGGCUAUCCCGGUGAUGUUUCUUUCACCGCGACUUAUACGCUGACAUCAAAGACCACGAUGAGGCUUGACAUGGAAGGUGUGCCAGAGAAUAAGGCAACACCAAUCAGCUUAGCACAACACACCUACUGGAAUCUAGCCGGUCACGAAUCUGGAACAGUUCUAGAUCACACUAUUCAGAUAUGGGCGGAUCACAUCACCCCCGUAGAUCAGUACACCGUUCCAACCGGUGAGAUCGUGCCCGUCAAAGGCACACCGUUCGACUUCACAACUGCAAACAAGAUUGGCAGCCGUAUCAACGAGGUUGGUCUAGGCUACGACCACAACUAUGUUAUCGACUGCCGGGAGGAAAAAUCGGGCUUGAAGCACGCUGCAAAGCUGAAGGAUCCUGCUAGCUCGAGGACUCUUGAUCUGUGGACCAAUGCUCCUGGUAUGCAGUUUUACACUGCAAAUUAUGUGAACGGCGUUGUUGGUAAAGGUGGUGCUGUGUAUGGAAAGCAGUCGGCCGCGUGUCUGGAGACGCAGGGAUUUCCAAACGCCAUCAACCAGCCGAACUUCCCUUCCGUCGUCGUCCAACCGGGAGAGAAGUACAACCACAGUAUGCUGUUUGAAUUCUCAACCGAGUAGGUUAAGCAAUGUCUGUUCAAGUGUAUCUAUACAAUAUCACUAUCCGUUUGUUUUAAUCCUAUCAAUAUCAGAGUUAUGCUAAAAAUACUUGAAUAAGUACAUCAGUACACAUGCCUUCUACUUUUUCCUUGGGA